GGGAAGGGGUAGCCGCGGCUCCGGCUCUUCGAGUUGGCGCCUCCCUUGGGCGCUGCUACGCGGACGUGGAGUCCGCAGGGCGCGUGGCCGCUGAUCCCGGGUGGCACGCUAAGCUGCGGGCAGAGGCGACAUGAGUGCUGCGGGGCUGUUAGCUCCAGCUCCGGCCCCGGCUGGAGCGCCGCCGGCUCCGGAGUACUACCCUGAGGAGGACGAAGAGCUGGAGAGCGCCGAGGAUGACGAGCGCAGCUGCCGGGGCCGCGAGUCGGACGAAGACACUGAGGAUGCUAGCGAAACUGACCUGGCAAAGCAUGAUGAAGAAGACUAUGUAGAAAUGAAGGAACAGAUGUAUCAGGAUAAAUUGGCUUCUCUCAAGAGACAGUUGCAACAACUGCAAGAAGGUACAUUACAGGAAUAUCAGAAGAGGAUGAAAAAACUAGAUCAGCAGUACAAAGAGAGGAUACGAAAUGCAGAACUCUUCCUCCAGCUGGAAACUGAACAAGUGGAAAGAAAUUACAUCAAGGAAAAGAAGGCGGCAGUGAAGGAAUUUGAAGACAAGAAGGUUGAGCUGAAAGAGAACCUGAUUGCCGAGCUAGAAGAAAAGAAGAAAAUGAUUGAAAAUGAAAAGCUAACGAUGGAACUGACUGGAGAUUCUAUGGAAGUGAAACCCAUCAUGACCAGAAAGUUGCGGAGGCGACCAAAUGAUCCUGUCCCCAUCCCAGACAAGAGGCGAAAACCUGCUCCUGCCCAGCUAAACUAUUUGUUAACAGAUGAACAGAUCAUGGAGGAUCUGAGAACGUUAAAUAAGCUGAAGUCACCCAAGAGACCAGCAUCCCCGUCCUCUCCCGAACACUUGCCCGCCACACCUGCAGAGUCUCCAGCCCAGAGGUUUGAAGCUCGGAUAGAAGAGGGCAAACUGUACUAUGAUAAAAGAUGGUACCACAAGAGCCAGGCCAUCUAUCUGGAGUCAAAGGACAACCAGAAAUUGAGUUGUGUGAUCAGCUCUGUCGGAGCCAAUGAGAUCUGGGUGAGGAAGACAAGCGACAGCACCAAGAUGAGGAUUUACUUGGGUCAGCUUCAGCGUGGGCUCUUUGUGAUCCGCCGGAGGUCAGCGGCCUGACUUUCUCCAGUGUUGUUCUUCCCUUGACCCCUUUUCUGGAAUGGUUUUUGGUUUUGUUUUGCUCUUAAUAGAAAGUUUUUAACUUGGGACUUGC